CAGAUGCAGAUGAGUCUCGGCCAGAAAGUCAACAGGCGAUGCGACACGUGCGGAAUGGAGUAUGUUCCUUCUUCUGCCGAAGAUCGCAAGUUGCAUGACAAGUAUCACAAGCAGAACCUGGACGGCUUCGACCUGGGAAAGGACUUUGUGGCCAAGAAGAGAAGAGAUGGGAGGAAGCUAUCCGUCUUCAAGGGUGUGAAGGAGGGAGAUGCGAUCGUGUAUCUGGACUGCUAUGAUAACCAUCAUCGAAAAAAGAAGGGUCAGGCUGUUUUGGAGGUGGUCCAAAGGGAGCUGGGCGCCGUGGCGAUACCAGAGGCCGAGAUCUGGGACUUGAAGAACGAAGAGAUCAACAUUCCGGAAUCAAAGUACAAGAGUUUUCUGUAUAUCAGAGGGAAUAAGUGCGUGGGCUACCUCCUGACGCAGAGAAUUGCGGCCGCGCUAGAGGUGCUCAAGGCUCGAAAGCAACAAGAAGCAGACGCGGCCAAGGCUCUCGAAGACGAAUUGGCAGAAGCUUCGCAACACCCUCUUCACCUUUCCGAUACGAGACACUCUGCCGUCAUGGGCAUCUCUCGCAUCUGGACCUCCUCCUCGCAUCGUAGCCACGGCAUUGCGCAAUGUCUUCUCAACACCGCCAUCAACAGACACAACUCUAUUCGUGAUUUGGACGAUCACCAUGAAGAGGCGUAUACUCGAAAGCAGGACGUGGCGUUCUCACAGCCUACAGAAGCCGGAGCGAAAUUGGCACGGAAGUGGUUCGGAAGGGCAUAUGGCUGGAGAGUGUACGUUGAUUGA